UUUUUUUUUUUUUCCUCACGUUUAAAAUUUCUUAUAUACAUCUUGAGAGGUUGCCACAUGGUAGAAAAAGAAAAAAAAUCUUUCUUCUUGUGGUUCUCAUAGUGAGUACUCGGGAAUACCGCCGUUGGAGAUCGACAUCAGUUUUCCAACCCCUCCGAUGCGGUCUUCCUAAAAUAGGAAACCCUCUCUCGCUGGCAUUGGAUGAACGCCCACGUCGUCUCCUCUUUUUCUCCAGUGCCAUCCGCCACUCCUCUUCCAGAGUACUACUAGUACUUCCUGGGCUCUUAUACUACCUUGCACUGUGAUCACUCUUAGUCCAAUGCAUUAGAUUUCCUCUUAUCACCUCGUUACCAGUCCUUCACAUCACUUACAACUCGCACUCGCUGGCCUUGUUGAGUGCGGGGCGCACCUCAUCCUGGCCUCUCGAGUCACCACUUGUUUGUUCCACUGUUCAUCGACCCUAUCUUCUUCCUUUUCUUUUUCUUUUUCUCCUUCUGCUUCUUCUUCUUCGUCUCUGUCUUUUACUCUCUUCCCCAUCUCCUUCCACCUUGAGCUCUAUUGCUGAAGGACUCAUCGCCAUGCUUCUUGCCCCCAUGCAACCGCCAACAUCACAUUAUCCUUCUUCCGAAGCAGGUCUGACGGCCUCGCAAACAACUAUGCCCACGGUCACUCCUCAGACCUCACCAUGCCCAUCGACCGUCUCUCACUCGAACUUGUCCUGCAGUCUGUCAUCCAACGUGACAAGUAACCGACGACCUACUAUGAGACCCAAACUGACCCUCCAAACGACUUCACUUCCCAUGACAUUCGGCACUUCGUCGACGGGAUUGUCUCUUUCGCUUGCUACCGGGCCGACAGCGUCCCCCACGGUUCGCAACACUUUUAAAAAUGCCUAUGAAGUCGCCGUACCAUCCUCAGCCACUGCUUCCCCCUCAAGAUCAUCUAGUCACCGGUUCAGCAAACCCUCGUCGCCAUAUACCACAAACAGCCCUUAUCAACUCCCUCUUGGGGUCAAAAGCAUUCUUCGCAACUCGCCGCUAGAACCCACCUGCAGGCGCCGGGGCUCGGUGCCCGCGAACGGGCCCAAUGGAGGACCGGGCUCACGCCGUGUUUUUUUCCCCGCCAAGAAACAAGUAAGCUAUCGGCAGCCGCUGGAAGAAGAAAUCCAAACCGUGCGCUAUACCGCGCGCCACUCCGAUAUCACAACCCAGCCCAAUCCUGAAUCCCACGAAGCUGGCUCCGGGGAGGAUUCGGAUUCGAACACGAGUGCGGAGCCAUCCGAUGCGAGCACAACGGAUGAGGAUGUGGAGGCAAAAUCGAGCAAUAACCCGUUGAAAUCAUUCGGAAAGAAAAAGCGGAAGCACUUGAGUGCGGAAAAACAAAUCCGAGCUGUUGCUCUAAUGGACGGGAUUGACAAAGAUGGCGCCUCCACCCCACAAACGCCAUGUCAAAAUCGGGCCAAACGUCGCUGCGAAUGGCGAUGGACCCUGGGACCACUAGAAAUACGGGAUGGAACUGCCCAACCUUCGCAGGCUGAAGAAAAAACAACAUCCAACCCGACAGAAACUAUCCCAAACAUAUCCCCUGCCUCCAAUGCCACAACAUCGCCGGACAACGAGAAUGACAGUCCUCGAUCCUGGGUCUCGAACCUUACAUCUUUGUCCAGCAUUUCAGAGCAAAAUCCCAGCCCAAGUUCAUCCAUCGCUCUAGAGGUCGUCACAAAUGAUGAUUGCAAGAGUAACAUGACUCACGAAACUGAACGAGCGCACGCACAUCCAGUCCAAUGACGAGCGAUGACAUGGAAGCCACGCAUGCAUUGAUGAGUUUAGGAUUUCUGAUUAUGAUUUAUGCAUAUAGAAGGCAUGGGACCAUGAGCCUUUCAGCAAGCAUCUCUUCAUACAUACAUACACCGGUUCAUAUACAUAUCAGGUUGAGUUUGGCUGCUAUUUCCAGAGCAUUAUUGAUUGAUUAUUCUUUACAUUGGGAGUUAUAUGAGAAUGCCUUUGCUUGUUCGAUACCAACAAGGUUGGCGGCAUGAUGCCAUUGCAUAUAUACACAUUUUUGUUUCCCACCACAGCAUAUACAUACCUAUAUAUUAUUACUUACUAUUCUAAUAACCAUCUACGGUGAUACUUGAAAACCCAUUGGGUAUACACUGUCC